AAUCGAAGAAAUUUCCAUGGCGGCUCGGCAAAUUCAGAGGCGAAUUCUGAGUCUUCUCUCUACUAAAACCUACAUCUCUCAAGGAUUACCAUGGAGUUCUGUUUCUCCUGCAAGGUCAGCUUUUGGCAUGAACAAUAUAUGUUCAAGACGGUGUUUUCAAACAGUUACAGAAAUCACCAAGCAGGCUGUUGAAGUAGGGGAAAGUAAUAAAGAUUGCGAUCCAGAUACCAAUACCGAUUCUGCUGCUGCAGUUGUUUCUAGUAUCAUGAAAGAGACCACAUACAAGUACACUGUGCAAUCUAAUCUUAAAACCUCCCCAAGACAUGACCUGAUGAUGAUCUUCACUUGCACAGUAUGUGAAACCAGAACCAUGAAAACAGUUUGUCGUGAGUCAUAUGAGAAAGGUGUAGUGGUGGCUAGAUGUGAUGGUUGUAAAAACAUACACCUUAUUGCUGAUCGUCUCGGGUGGUUUGGUGAGCCUGGUAGCGUGGAAGACUUCCUGGCUGCUCGUGGAGAGGAAGUGAAAAAGGGCUGUGUUGAUACUUUAGGUUUUACACUCGAAGAUCUGGCAGGAAAGAAAUCACUGGAAACUAUUAGGGGAGAAGUAGAAUCCAAAUCUGAGAUUUAGAAGUGAAAUCUGGAGAUUGAAAUUAACCAAGUUGAUUUUGUAAUGAACAUUGAAUAUGCAAGUCUAUAGUUACUUUGGCAAUGCUUACAGCUUU